AUGCAAAAAUCAAAAAUGAUAAAUAAUAUAAAAAAGGGAGAGUUAAAAAUAGAUGAUAAAUAUAAAACAUCAGAUAUAAAUUUAUUAAAUGAGAACAUUGAAAAGUAUGAUAGACAUAAACUAAGAACUAUUUUAAGGAAUUACAUUCGUCAUAACAAUAGAUUAUUAAAUUAUCAUAAAUUUAAAGAAGUGAUAAGUAACUUUGAUUCAUUUAAAAAUGUUUUCAUUAUAUAUGCAAAUAGUUUUUUAAGUAAAAAUAAAGCUUUUAGUCAUAAUUUUCGAUAUUCUAAAAUAAUAAAAAUUCUAAAUUUAAAUAAAAAAGGCAAAAGAUUAAUAUAUGGAGAUAAUUUCAUAAAAGAAAAUGUAUUAAAGCUGAAUAAAAAAAUUACAAAAAAUGAAAGGAAUAAUUUCCUAUUAGAAGAAAACAAAUAUUCACAACAAAAUUAUUCUAAUGAAGAUAAAAAAUUGGAAAUUAUUGAUUUUUAUUACAAUGUAAAAAAAAAUGAUUUAGAAAAAUUAGACAAAAUUAUUAUAAACAGCAAUUUGACAUUACCAACUUUCAGUUAUUUUGAUAUAUAUUUAUUUAGUAAUAACAAAAAGUUAAAAUAUGAAAUCAAUAAAAAAAAUAUUAAGUAUAUUGAUAUUAAUUCUGUUUUGUAUUUUUUAUAUGUAUCUGUUAUUAUUGCGUAUAUCAAUUUAAAUGAUUUUCAUAAUGCUAAAGUUAAAUUUUUUGAAUAUAUAUAUUUAAAAAAAAAAUUUAAAAAAAUUAGGAAAUAUUAUAGUGAGAACGAAAAAAAGAAAAUAAGAAUAAGUAGCUUAUUCUCACCUGAAUUAAAAAGUAAAAUAUAUGAUUAUUAUGAUACUUUACAUGAAAAGAAAGCAUCGUCUUUUCUAUUAAAAAAUGAAAAUGAAAGGAAUAAAAAAUAUCAGAAAAGAGAAGCAUUUGUUUCCAAAAACACAUUUGAAAAUAAAUUUAAUAUUACAAAUAUUGUUGAUAAAAAUGAUUUCAUAAAUGAAAAUACAAAUAAAAGUAUUAACAAAAUUCAAGAUAAAAAAGAAAUUUCAAAUAAUAAUAAUAAUGCUAAAAAAAUAGAUAAAAAUGAUAAUGGAUAUUAUAAUAUCAACAACAGAAAUAAAUAUUUAAAAAAUUAUAAAAUAAAAUCAUCUAAUUUAUCUCAUAAUGUUUAUAAGGAAAACUUGGAAGAUUUAAUGAAAGAAGGAAAUUAUAAUUUUACUGAUUCAAAGAAAAGAAGUAAUGAUAUUAUUUUAAAAGAACAUAGUUCAUUAAAAAGCGAAAAUAAACUUCUUUUUAAUGAAAAUUCAAAAAGCGAUAAAAAUAAAAAAAGAAGGGAAGUAAAACAGGAUUUAACUUUAGAUGUAUAUUUGUUAUUUCUAAAAAUAAAAUAUAAACAAAAAUCCUUUGAAAAGUUAAUAGAAGUUUUAAAAAAUAUUCCUUUAGAUGAAAAAAUAUGUAAUAUAAAAAAAUUAAGAAAUAUAGUGAAUAACGAAUAUAAUGAAAAAAUAAAUAUGUCUAAAAAAGAAAGAAUUUUAAGAAAUUUAAUAAAGAUUAAAGAUAAAAGAUACUAUUUCUAUAAUUAUUUUUUUGAUGUUUUAAUAUAUUUUUCAUAUUUUAAACAAAUAAACACCAUUGAAGGAUUAUUGGUAAUGGCUUUAAUUUUUAGUAAAUUAAAUUUCAUAAAUGUUGCACUAUAUAUAUAUAAAAAUAUUUAUUUGUAUUUUUAUUAUAUUUUUGAGAAUUAUCAAAAGAAAUUGAAAAUAUUUGAUUUAAGUCAUGAAAUUAAUAAACUAAAUUCAUUUAAUAUUAAGGAAAAUAUAGAUUAUUUAAAUAAAAAUAUAGAAUUAAAAAAGGAGAAUAUUUUAAAAAAUAAAUUAGAAAAUUUAAAUAAAAAGUAUGUUUUAAAUAACAGAAAAGAAUUAAAUGAUAAUAAUUUUUAUUCUUCCUCUGUAAGAUUGUUUAGCGAUAGCAAAUACAACAGUAGUAGUGAUAAUAGCAAUAAAAAUAAUAAAAAUAGUUGUAUAAAUCCUAUUAUAAAUAAUAAGAAAACUGUUCGCAUUUUUAAUUAUAUUCUAAAAAUUUUAAGAAAGAAUAAUAAUUUUUAUUUUAUAAAUGAUUACUGGGAAGAAAAUCAUUAUUCUAAAUAUUGUAAUUUCUUCUUUUUAAAUAAAUCACUCAAUAUACAUUUAAAUAAGGUUGAUGAUAUAGUUGUUACUAAUAUUAUAAAGAAUUCAAUUUCAUAUAAUUAUAAAUACAUUUUUAAUGGAAUAAAAAAACAUAUUUUAAUUUACUUGAAUUUAAUAAAUCAUAUAGAAACCAAGUAUAUAUUCUAUCAAAAUAAUUAUAAUUUAAAAAAUAUAAUAUAUUAUUUAUAUUUAGAUAAAAUUAUAAAAUAUUAUGAUUCCAAUAUAUUCACAUAUGAAAAAAAUAUGUAUGUAAUGAAAAGAAUAAUAUUUUUAGAUAACCAUAUAAGUUUAUUCCACCUAUAUGAAAAUAGUUUGCUGAACGAUUAUGACUUAAAACAUACUUUUUUAAAAAUAUACUUAAAUCUUUUCAAAAAGGAUUCUUUAUUAUUACGAGAUAAAAAAAAUAGAAAUGAAAACAGUCUUUUUUUCAAUACUAUGAAUAAUGAAUAUAAUGUUAAUAAUGAAGAAAUUAAUGAAUGUUAUAAACAUAAUAUAGAUAAAAGCAAUUAUAAUUUAAAAGACAGUUUAAAUAAUGACUUGAAAUUAAAAAAUAAUAAAGAUGAUUAUGUAAAUAUAGGGAAGGAAUAUAGUAAAAAUUUAAAAGGUUAUGUUAGAAUUUUUUCUUCUGAUUCUUUUAAGAAUUGCGAUUUUUUAAUUAAAGAAGACAACUUAGAAAAAUAUUUUUUAAGCAAUUAUAUAAAUAAUGAUUAUAAUUUUAUUAAGAAUAAUGAAAAAGUAAAUGUAAAUGAUGAAUCUGAAAGAAUUUUGUUUAAAAAAGAUUUUGCUAAUAGUUUUUAUAAUAAUUCUGAAAAUAUCGAUAAAAUUUCUAUUAAUAACAACAAUAUUAUAGAUUUCAGAAAUGAUAAAUGCUAUAAUAACUUCAAUUAUAAAAAAUAUAAUUCUGACAUUAUACUAAAUAGAUCAAAACAAAAUUUUGAAACUCAUAAUGAUGAUAUUAAUACGAAAAGUUACACCUAUUCUAGUGAUAUAAACACAAAGAAAAGAAUAAAAAAUGAUUUUAUAUAUAAUAUAAGACCUGUAUCUUGUGAUAGUAUGUAUGAUAAGGAUGAAAAGUGUUAUAACAAAGAAAAGAAUGAUAAUUUGAUUGAUACCAUUUUUAAAAAAAGAAUUAAUAGAAAUAUAUUUAGUGUAAAUAGGAAUUUAAAUGAACAUAAUAAUAUAAAUUUAAAAACACACAAUUUGAAAAAAUUUUUUAAUUUUAAUAAUAAUGAAUUGAAAAUCUUAAUUUAUAAUUUUUUGUAUUUAUAUAUUUUUGAUGAAUAUUUAUACAUUAAUACACAUAAAAAAGAUAUAAAUGAAUAUUUUAAUUUUGUUAAUGUUCUAAAACGAAAACAGAAAUUAAGAUAUAAUUUCUAUAAUUUUCUCUGUAAGCCAAAUAAAGAUAUUGGUGAUGAAAUAUCAUAUUAUAAAAAAUAUAUAAAAGAAAAGUAUUUAAAUAAAAAUAAAAAAAAAGAUAAUAAGAUAUAUAAUUCCAUGUUUAUAAAUAAAACUAUUAACGUCAAAAUGAGAAAAAAUAUUCAUUAUAAGACAAAAAACAAAAAAAGACUAUCAAAACAAAGUGAGGAUUGUAAAAGUUUAAAAGAAAAUAAAAAAAUACACAUGGACUCUAUUUUCAUAAAUAAUAAAAAAAAUUAUAAUUUUAAAAGUAUAAAUUUAUUAAGAGAAACAUAUAGAAAAAAUUUUAUUAGUUAUAAUGCUAAAAUUAACAUAGAAAAAUAUGAACAUAUUUUUUUCUUAUUUUUAAUAACUGAAAUGUUGUCAGUCAUAAUAUUACCAUAUAUUAAUUUUCAUUUUCCUUUUAUUUAUAUAAAUAUUAAAAAGAAUUGUCAUAAUAAUAAAAAUUUUCAGUUAGAUAAAUUUAGAUUUGAAAGCAUUAGUAUAUUAAAUACUCAUAAUUGUUAUAAAAAUUGUAAUAAUAGGUUAAAUAAAUGUGAAAAAUCGUUUGUGUGUACAAAAAGAGAAUUCUCAUCAAAUAUUUAUCAUCAAAAAAAAAAAAAGAGAAAAUUUUUUAAUUAUAAUAUAAGAAAAAAAAAAUUAUUAUAUUCUCCUUCAAAUGAUAAUAAAAUAAUUUAUUAUAAAAAAAAGGACUUAAAAAAUGAGAAAAAGUAUAAACAAAAGCAUUCUUUAUUAAAUGAUAAAAAAGAAAAGAGGAACAAUAUAUUUAAUAAAAAAUAUUCUUCAAACUUAAAGAAAGUGAGCAAAAAAUAUGAUCAUGUUAAUAAAAAUAUAUAUUAUAUAACUGUGUGCAAUUUUAUUGAAUUUAAUGGAAAACUAAGGAAAAUUAAUAAUUUAUCAUUAGAAUUAAAGAAUUUUGUAGAAAAAAAUUACUUAUUUAAUGAUUACUAUCAUGUAGAUGUUUAUGAAUUAAACAAAAAACUUAAUCAUAAAGGCAAAUAUUUUCUUAUAAAAAAAUAUGAACAAAUAAUAGCAUUAUCUUUUUUUACUAGAUUUAAUACCUAUUUAAUUUUUUCUUUAUAUCAACGUAUAGCAUUAUUAAAUUAUUUGUACAGGAACUAUAAUUUAGUUAUAUCUAUUUUGAGAUACAUUAAUCAUGUGCAUUGUAAAUUAAUAAAUCAACACACAGGUAAUAAUCUUAAAAAAAAAAAUGAAUUAGAAAAUAAUAAAAUUAACGAAACAGGUGAAAAAAGACUACAUUUUGAUGUAGAACAUGACAAAAUUAAAUUUUUUUUUUAUAUGAAUAAUGAAGAUAUUCACUAUGAUGAUUACAUAAUUAACACUUAUAGCACAAAUUAUAUAAAUGAUAAAUAUAAAUUAAAUGAAAAAAGUACUUUCCUAAAUGAAAGAAAAAAUUUUUAUGAAAAGUUAUGUGAAAUAAAAUCAUUUAGGUUUUCUUUGUUUUUUGAUAUUUUAUUUGAGUUAAAAGUAAAUUUCAAUUAUUUGCAUAGUGGCCACAUAUGUGUACAAAACUCUUUAAAAUAUUUAUUUUUUUUUUUUAAAAAUGCUCAUAAAUUUAAUUUAAUUAUUGAUUCUAAACAAAAAAAAAAUCAAAAAAAAUGCAAUGAAAUAAAAAAUAAGAUAAAUACAGGUAUUAAGGAAGAAUCAGGUGUAAUUCUAUCAAAGGAAAAAUUUAUGAAAAUAUUCAAUAAAGAUGAAAAAAUUAUAAAUUUUAAAGAAGCAUUUUAUGAUACACAUAUUUCUAUGAAUCAUAAAAAUAAUGAUUUAAAGGAAAAAACAUCUUAUUUUAAUAAAAGUAGAUUCAAUUUAAAAGACAAAAAUUCAGAUUUGAAUAAUGAAUUUUCAUUCGAAGAAAAAUAUAAUGAUAUCCAUACAAAUAAUUUAAGUGAAAAAGAUCAUUUAAAAGGAGAAUAUUUUUUUCAUCAUAAGAUUGAUGUAAAUAAAUUAAGGGGUUGUAAGUUAUAUUAUAUAAUAGGUAUUUCAUUAUUAAAGCAAAUAAAUAAUAAUUAUUAUUAUGACAAUAUAAGGGAAGUAAACUUGAUAUAUGAAAAAGACUUAAUAAAUAACGAAAUAAAUAUAAGUAGUAUUGUAAAAAAUGAUUAUAUGAAGUUACUAAAUCUAAGCUAUAAGUAUAUAAUUAAAAGUAUCAGUGUAGACCAUAAUAAUAUAUUAAGUUAUUAUUAUUUGUGUGUUAUUUAUUUAUAUAAAUUAAAAAUUAAUAAAUGUAUUUAUAUUUGUAAAAAUUUUCUUUUAAAAAACUUUUAUAAUGCAUAUGCUUUUCCUUUUUUUUUAUUAAGUAUUGUAGCAUCAAGCUCUAGGAGAAUUAGAGAUGAGAAAUUUUUUCAUAAAAGAUAUUACUCUUUUAAUAAAAAAAUGAGAAAAAAACAUAACGAUAGUAAUAAAUUAUCUGAUUAUAACAAAUGUAAGAUAGAUAACUCUUCUAUUUUUGAGUUUUAUGAUAAUCAAUAUAUAUUCUUAAUUAAUAAAUUAAAAUAUAAAUCGCCUAACUUUUAUAAUUCUAUUACAAAUAUUAAUGAUGUAUUCGAAUCCCAUAACGUAAAUAAAAAAAAAAAAAAAGAAUUUUUUAAUAUUUAUGAUUUAUUCAAAUGUGAUAUAAAUACAGUUAAAAAAGAAAAAUGUAGUAAUUAUGAAAAAGAUAAUAUUGCAAAAAAUGAUAAAAAAAUCAUUCAUUUAAAUGAAAUGGAAAUGGACAAAAAAAAAGAAAAACAGUUAUUUGUUGAAAGUAAGGAUAUAAAUUAUAAAGUUAAUAAAAAUAAUGAAUAUAAUAAUAUACAACAAAUAGAGAAAAAUCAUAUUAUUAAAAAUCACAGAAGUAUACCUAAUAAAGAAAAAUAUAUUAAUAAACCUAAAAAUCUUCAUGAUAACAUUUUACUUGAAAAAAAUUAUAUUAAUAAAACUUCUUUUGUAAUUUUAAACAAGGCUAUAAAUUUCUUUUCAUACAAUUUUUUUUUUUUUUAUAUAUAUGUUCAUUUUCUAAUUAAUUUUUUUUGUAUUUGUGACAUUUUUUUUUUUUGGGAAAAAGGGAAUAAUAAAGAAAAAAAUAAUAAUGGUUUUAAAAUUAAACAUUUAAGAUAUUCAGUAUUACAAGAAAUAUCAAAAAAACAUAAAAUUAAAACAAACAUAAGUUCUUCAUCAGAUAUAUUUUUUUUAGAUGAUGAACUUGACUCAAAUAAUUUUAGUCAUUCUUCUAACGAUAUAUUUGAUGACAAUAAUGAAAAUUAUAAAAAUGAUUCUGAAUUAUACUAUAGCAUUCAUAGGAAUAUUAAAUGUUGUAACAAUUUAAUGAAAAAUAGGAAAUCAAAAAAGAAUAAGUUAACGUCUAAUAUUGAAGAAGAAAUUGAUAAAAUAAAAUUUUUUUUUAAAAUUUUAGGAAAAGAAAAUGUUAAAACUAAUAAAAGUAAUAAAAAAAAAGUAUCAUUAAAAAAAAAUGAGAAUGAAAUUUACGACAAUGAAAGAAUAAAAGGAAGAAAUUUAUAUGUUAGAAAAGACAAUGGAAGUAUUAGUAGCAUGUGUAAUGUUAAUAAAAGUAAUAUAAAUAAAAAUCACAUAAAUAAAAAUGAAUAUAUUGAUGUUAGUAAAAUAAAAUUAUUACCUUGUUCAAUACCAUUAAUAAUGAUUUUAUAUAAAUAUAUUUAUAAAAAAAUUGUUAAAAGAAAAGGUUCAGAUUCAUUUAUAUAUUUUUAUUUAAAUAAUAUUAUGUCUAACAUAAAUUUAAAUAGAAUUAAAUGUGAAUUACAUGAAAUGAACAAUGAUUUAUAUUUUAAAAAUGAAGAAUUUGAAAAUAGCGAUUAUUUUUUCACAAAUUUCAAAGAAAGUAAUAAACUAAUUAAUAAGAAUUAUUAUCAUUAUUUCUGCAAUAAAAAUAAAAAUAACUGUUUAAGAAAAGUUAGUUUAAAAAAUGUGUAUUUUGAAACAAUAAUAUGGAUAAAUUUAAGCGAAAUAUUGAUAUAUUUAAAAGUAGAUGCAAAACUAAUUAUAUAUUUUUUUAAUAUAAUUAGUACUUACAUAGAAUUUUACUUAAGUUUAAAUAAUAAUAAUAAUAAUUAUAAUUUCGAGAAUACCACAUUUUUCUAUAAUUUAACACAUCAAUUUAUGUGUUUAAAAUGUUUAUAUCUGUUUUAUUUAUAUUCAAAAUGCGAAAAGAAGUACAAGAGUACUGAUUAUAAAAAAAAAAAACUAAAUAAUAUGUAUUAUUAUAUGGAAAUGAAGUAUUUCUUUAAUAAUUUGAAAAAUAAGAGAUUAUUUUUCAAUAGUAAAAAUCUAUAUACAAAAACUCUUUUUUUUGAAAAUGAAUAUUAUAUGCAUAAUUUUAAGUUGAAUAUGUUUUACCAACCAAAAAUUGUUUUAGAUAAUAAUUGUGUUUCUUUUAAUGACAAAUUUUGUAAAAAUGAUUUUAAACUUUCUUUUCAAACAUUAGAAAAGAAAGAAGUAAGAAAUAGUUAUUGGCCUUUUAAAAACAUAAAUAAAAAUAAAUUUAUCACAAAGCAAAUUAACAAUAAUGACCACUGUAAUAAAAACACAACAGAAAUGAAAAAAAAAGAAAUAAAAAAAAAUAAGCAAUGUGAGAAGAAAAGAAAAAAAGCUAAUAAUAUAGAAACAAAUAAUACAUAUCUAGAUGAAGAACAUUUAUUUAAUUCUUUUGUUUACAAAGAUGAAACAAAAAACAGACAAAAAAAAUAUAGGCUAAUAAAAAAUAUAAAAAUUUAUUUAUCUUUAUUAAAUAAAAUAUAUUAUAAUGAUAGAAAAGUGAAAAUUUUAUAUGCUCGAUAUUAUUUUUUAAAAAAAAAAUAUUUAAGAGUUAUAAAUAUUUUAUCACUAUUAAAUAAUCAUUACCAAAAUAUAGAUUAUCUUAUUAAGAGUAAAAAAAAGAGGAAUGGCAAAAAUGAAGAAAAAAAUGAUACAACAAAAAGUAAUUUCUCAAAUAACCAGUUUUUAUUCCAUUUAAACAGUCAAACUGAUUUUAUGUAUGAAUAUUUAAAUAUAUAUAUGUAUUAUCAAUCAUAUUUUAAGAUAAAAAAUUAUAAAAAAUAUUAUUAUUACAAAAAAAUUUUAAAUAUAAUUUUUUUAAAUUGUCCUAUUAUACCAUUUAAUUUAUUUCCUUUCAUAAAUCUUUAA